AUGACUCUACUUGAAAAUCCCGGGAUCUCGACUUUGCCUUCGUUUUCCAAUAUCAAAGAGGCAUCCGAGCCGAUCAAAGGUCCUUCAGACCUAGAGGCGCCUUCCAUCACCGUGAAAAGUGCAAUCAAUGACUUGAAUUCAGGGCUAUCAACGAGAUCUCAUUUCGCGAUAGAGGAGCAUCCCAUCGAUGUAGUAAGGCCCAUUACAGUGGGCAUCAUUGGUGCUGGUAUUGCAGGUAUCACUGCUGGCGUGUUGCUACCCGCGAAGCUGCCGGGUCUCGAUUUGAGAAUCUAUGACAAGAACGCCGAUGUGGCGUUCGGUGUGACAUACCUGCACAUGCGUAUCAAUCUGGCUUCUCCCCCAAUACUCAGUGGUCGAGAGGAGUUUGCUCAAGGGGCCGAAAUUCGAGACUACUGGCAAAGCGUUGCGCGAAAGCAUAACGUCUAUCAAUACCAACGGGUAAACAAGACCGAAUGGUUGGCUGAUGAGGGGAAAUGGAAAGUCACCAUCGCAUAUUUAGAUGGGUCGAACAAAAUCUAUGAAGAAAAGCUGGAUGUCAUUAUUAACGCCAUCGGCCAUUUCAAUGCAUGGCAGCUGCCCGACUACGAGGGCAUCGAGCAUUACAGAGGCGCUCUCUUCCAUUCUUCCAAUUGGAACCACACAAUUGACCUUAAGGGUAAACGCAUUGCCCUCAUUGGUAACGGAGCAUCUGGUCUUCAAGUACUUCCCUCUAUUGAGCCCAUAGCAAGCCACAUCGAUCACUAUGCGCGGAACCCAACUUGGAUUGCCGAUUCCUUUAGUAGUGGGAGUACAGGCGUACGUCGACUGGAGCCAAACACGUUCUCCGAGGCCCAGCUGGAGUCUUUCAAAGAUCCCAAUGAAUACUUGAAGUAUCGCACUGAGGUAGAGAAGGGAUACUUUCAGCGCUUCGGAGCAAUUUUCAAGGACACUCCAGAGAACCAGGAGCUGCGCGAGAAAUGGACUAGCAUCAUGCUGCAUCGUUUCAGCGCCAAACCAGAUCUAAAAGACAAGAUUCUUCCUGACUUCCCACCGAAUUGCCGUCGGCCUACUCCAGGGCUAGGCUACCUUGAAGCCUUGACUAAGGAUCACGUCGACUAUAUUCAAACACGUAUCAAGCGAUUCACAGAAACAGGAAUUGUCACUGAAGACGGUGUUGAGAGAGCAGCAGACAUCACGAUCUGCGCAACCGGCGCUAACGUCGAUCACGCACCUCCAUUCUCCAUCAUUGCCAACGGGAUCGAUCUUCAAUCUGCCUGGAAAAAAGACGGGCUUUUCGGAUUUCCCUACUCCUAUCUAGGAUUUGCGACACCAGGAUUCCCCAAUCUACUUUGGCUUGGCGGCCCGUACGCAUCCGGGCACAGCGGUACAGUUCCCAACAGCCUUGAGAACCAAUUAACGUACAUUGCGAAGGUUCUACGCAAAAUUCGCAGUCAGGGUAUCAAGUCCAUGGCACCGUCGAAGCAAGCAACAGACGAUUUCGUGGAAUACUGUGACAAUUUUUAUCCCCGCACGGUCUGGACGGCUAACUGCAGCUCAUGGUACAAUGGUGGAACCCCCGGUUCUCGGAUUCAUGGUCUGUUCCCGGGUAGUGCUUCUCAUGCAAACUAUAUUCGCAGAGAUCCGCGCUGGGAGGAUUGGGAGUAUAACUAUGUCAACCCCGGCGGGAACCGCCUCGCUUAUUUCGGUAAUGGUUGGACUUCGAAGGAGUUGGAGCCGGAAGCAGAGUUGACGCCGCAUCUGAGACUUCCUGAGGAGGUCGACUUGAAGUCUUGGAUGGAGGGUUGGUGGGAUGUCUGA